ACAUCAACAUCAACCCCAACAGAAGAUACACACUCCUCGUUCAUUGCAUUUAGAGCAGCUCAUGUUUUGGGUAGUGGUGCGUGUAGCAUGAAAUCACUACCCCCCGGGAACAGGACUGGAAUAAAGCUAAUUAAUUGCCUGGUGUCCUACUGAAUGUAUUGGGAGAUAGCGGACACAUUACUUACAGCUGUCUCCCAUUGACAGAACAGUCAUUGUAGGGGGGAAUAUGAAAUUAGGAUAGACGUCCACUUUAUAGAGUUCCAGUAAAGGGACAUCAAUGUGACAUAGUUUGGUUUUUUUUUUUUCUCCAAGAGACGAGGGGAAUGUUAUUGGUCUUCAUCUGUUAGUCUUUCAUGCAGGAACCAUGAGGGGGUGGAAACAUUGAAGCAUUUUAUGGGAGUGAGUGAGGUGGGGGUGUUUCUGGGUAUAAAUAUUCCUCACUAUACAGUGAGACAGUCACAUUUCAGAAGAGGUCCGACUACUGCAAACACCUUAAGCUCUGUGCGCCAUGAUGAAGGCUCUUCAGUGGAAUAUAGUGUUGCUGUGCUUGCUGGGACAUGUGUUGUGCGACUGCCAGAAAGACUGCAUGACGUGCAACAAGCACCUUUACCAACACGACAACUUCAACACUCUGCUUUGUAUCGUGGAAUGUGAAGGAAAGAUCUACUCAAGCUCCAUGUGGUCCGUAUGCAAAACAGUUCUGGUAAAGUCAUCGGUGCAGCUCAGCGUGGACAGCUUUGAAGAAGAUUUUAAACCUAUAAAUAUGGAAGACAGCCAGUUUGCUGCCAAUUUCAAGAGGCUCAGCGAUCUGACAAAAAUGGUGGACUUAAACAAAAUAAACGAAGAAAAGAGGCUGUCUGAUAUUAGCAACCUGAUCCGCGAGCAGGGCGAGGAAGAUACCAACAUGGAGGGUGCGGAGAACGCGCUUGGAAUGGCCACCUAUCCUGAUGAUUUUGGUCAACUGCAAAAUCCAUCCAACGCCAUGUCCAAACGAUUUGGGGGGUUUGUUAAAGGAAAAUACAGCUACAGAAAAUUUAUGGGUCCAUCAAAGGACCUCCAGAAGCGUUACGGAGGUUUCAUUGGCGUCAGAAAAUCAGCCCGGAAAUGGAACAACCAGAAGAGGUUUAGUGAGUUUCUGAGACAAUACCUUGGGAUGUCCACACGCUCUGCCGAGUACGACAGCUUCACCAAUGACAUGAACGAAACAAACGGGCAAAACGAAAUCUAAAGACUUCUUUACUGAGGCAUACAAUUUGAUUUAUAACCAACAAGGCAGAAAGUCAACCUCCACCCCUACUGUAUCAUCUAGAAAAUUUUGGGCAAAUUGUUUUGGUCGCAAUCGUGGUACAGGGAGAAUUAUAGGGAGAGUAGAUCUUGUUUAUGCUGAAAUGUGCAGUGAAAAAUAUGGCAUAAAUAUACAGUAAAAACCUGGUCCUAAUGUCCUGCCAUGAUUGGCUUAUGUUUCUUUUACACUGUAGAUGUUACACCGGUGUUGAAAUGAUAACAGCACAUCACAUGCAAUGCACUUGUCUGGGAUCUUCACCAAUUCAGCCAUGUUGUUCUUUCCAUCUAUGUUACAAGUAUAGCAAGUGGGGUGUGUCCACGGUUUCACAUACAGAGGCGCAUUAGAUGCCAACGUUUGGGCAAUGUGCUAGUGUCUCACCCCAUCCUUUACUAGCCACUAUUUCAUUCAUAUAUAGGGACAUCCAAGACCUUCUGAGAGCCACUGGGCUACAGUUGACCCCAAAAGGCUUUGUAUAUUGCACCUUAAGUAAUGUUUACAAUGUAUGAUUAAAGGGAUACUGUCUUGGGAAAAAACAUUUUUUCAAAAUGAA